GGCCGGGGCCGGGGGCGGCUCGGGCGGGCAGCGGCGCGCACAGCCGCGCGGGGCGCCCGUCGCCAUGGCAGCGCUUGCUCCGGCGAGAGUGAACCUCAUACCCUGAAUCUCCAAGGGAACCUUUGUAAAGGAUUGCCCCCUCCCUGCCAUCUCUUCAUUGUUCGUGAGCUCUGCCCUGCAUUCACAGGGAAGCUUGAAAAAGCACGCUGAGCACAGGAGGGCAGCAAGACAGACACUGUGGUGAGAGUGCCACAGGGUCUUGCUUAGAGAACUCUCUGAAUCCUCCUCCUCACCCUUCACUCCCUGUUGAUGGCUCUCUCACUGACUUAGCAGGCAUCUGGCCAAGAGUGCACCAUUGUGCAUGCACCCUUCUCACCGUUUCUGUGGGACUUUUGUCCUGCUUCCUGUCUUCUCUGAAAUUCUCUAUUAGCCCCUUGCUCAGUGGGACACUGGGCAACAGGUGCCUGCUGCUGUAAAACUCUUUGGAGUCCAAGCAGCCCCUUGUUUGUUUGAGGCCUUCACCAGUCCCUGGAGAAGGUGGUCCCUCGGACAGAAGGUGUCUGGGAAGCAGACAAGGUAAGGAGAGCCUUUUCUUUGGGGAAAGAGUGGAGGAAAGGAAUGAAAUAGAUGGGGAGGAAAAAAAGAAGUGAGCAUGAGAGACUGAGGGAAGAAGCAUUGGCAAGCUUUCAUGAGAAAGAAAGAAGGUGGAAGAAAGAAAAGGAAAGAGAACAACAGAAAAAAACAGGAGAAAGAGAUCAAGUGAAAGUAAUUUAAACGAACAAAAGGAAAAGGGAAGACAGAGAUGCAGGCUGUUCUGCCUCAUGCCUGGUGACAAUGCCUUGAGGAGUGCCUGCAGUGUGCUUACGCCUUGCAUCAGCACAGCAGCAGAUGAGGAGGGACGUGGUUCCCCCAGUGCGAAGUCUCAUUCAUCCUCUUAUAGUAAUCCAGAGGCAGGAACAAGGUGCAGCCUAGCAGGAGGACAGCAUGGGGGACUCUGAAUCAGAGUCCACCUUGCACAACAAUUCACUGUGGUGGCUGGCAUGUGGGAUGUUAGCCCUGCUGGCCAACUCUUGGAUUAUCCUCAGCAUCACAGCCAAGCAACAGAAACACAAGCCCCUGGAGCUUCUGCUGUGCUUCCUCGCUGGGACUCACAUCCUCAUGGCAGCAGUACCCCUCACUACAUACGCUGUGGUGCAGCUGCGGCGUGAGUCCUCCAACUAUGACUGGAACGAGAGCAUCUGUAAGGUCUUUGUGUCCACAUACUACACCCUGGCACUGGCCACCUGCUUCACAGUGGCCUCCCUUUCCUACCACCGAAUGUGGAUGGUGAGGUGGCCAGUCAACUACCGGCUGAGCAAUGCCAAGAAGCAGGCUCUGCAUGCAGUCAUGGGGAUCUGGAUGGUAUCAUUCAUCCUCUCCACCCUGCCCUCCAUUGGCUGGCACAACAACGGCGAGCGGUACUACGCUCGUGGCUGCCAAUUCAUUGUCAGCAAGAUAGGUCUGGGCUUUGGUGUCUGCUUUAGCCUCCUUCUCCUUGGAGGAAUCGUCAUGGGCUUGGUGUGUGUGGGGAUCACCUUCUACCAGACCCUGUGGGCACACAGAAGGCGACGACAGUGCUGCCAUCAGAGGCCAGAGGAAGCAUCGUCCUGCUCAUCAGCACACAACACUUUCAAUGUGCCAGCCAUCGUGGUGGAGGAUGUACGAGGCAAAAGGAGGUCCUCACUGGAUGGCUCCGAGUCAGCCAAGACCUCCUUGCAGAUGACCAACCUCAUCAGCGCAAUUGUCUUCCUGUACGACACACUCACGGGGGUGCCCAUCUUGGUUGUGAGCUUUUUUAGCCUGCGCUAUGACACGGCACCCACUUGGAUGGUUCUGGCUGUGCUCUGGUGCUCCAUGGUGCAGACUCUGCUGCUCCCCUCUUUCAUCUGGUCCUGCGAGCGCUACCGAGCAGAUCUCCGCACCAUCUGGGAGCAGUGUGUGGCUAUCAUGUCUGAGGAAGAUGGAGAUGAUGAUGGUGUGUGUGAUGAUUAUGGGGAGGGCAGGAUCUGCAAAGUAAGAUUUGAUGCCAACGGUGCUGCAGCUGUGAAGCGGGACUCUCGGGACAUCAAACUGCUACCAAUGCACCACAUGUUGUUGCCCCAGGACAAGGUGCAUUAUCUGCAGGUCCCUAUCUCACGGAGGAUGUCACAUGAUGAGACUAACAUCUUCUCCGCCCACCGCUCCGCUCCAUCCUUCCUACACAAGUGGUCUUCAUCUGAUGACAUCCGCAUUUCCACCCUCCGCAAGUCUGGAGGCCCUGGAUUCUUGCCUCCUCAGCUGCAUGACUACCAGCACUGCCGGCAGCCCCCAGAAGAUGAGCUGACAUCCCUACGGCAGUUUUUGGAGGGCGGGCUGGUGCCCCGGGGAUCCAGCUCCAGUGCCUGCUUCUUCCGAGAUGAGAUCACCACGUUCAUCGAUGAGACGCCACAGCCCUCCCCAGUCUGCAGCCCACGGCACUCCCGUCUCCCACUUGCAGCUUGCCGCGAUCGCCGCCUCUCGCUCGGCAGCAGAGAGGAUGAGAGCACUGACCGGCCACGGUGCUUCUCUCUGGCUGGCAGCGAGGCCUGGCAAAUGCAGGAUGAGGAGCAGGCACCGCGUGAAAGGACCCCUGAGGCCUGUGAGGCACAGGCCCUCCAGGAUCCCAAAUUAUGAGAGACAGCAUCAGAAACAUUCAGUGCCAUCAUGAUUUUUAAAUAAAACUUCAAACCUUCCCCUUGUCCCAGGACCUGAUUACUAAUUGACAUUCUCAUCUUUCUCGCCAGCAGGCAGGAAACAUGGCACCCCAUGGUAAAGAGAAGUGUGGCAGAUCUGCAGAAUGGAGCUCCACGGACACGGACAGCCUGUGCCUGCCCUCAGGUUACAAACACCCACCGCUGCAACAAACCACUUGGCACCCUCGGCAGUCUUGUCCCUUUGUGAACUCCACCCUUGCAUUCGCUCUGCCCUAAGAGACGAGGCAAGCACGGAAUGGUAUUAAAAUUCUAUAUUUGGAG